UAACGACAAGCUUAGCCAACCACAAGUUCUCAUUGCCAACGUUUUGCAGGAAAAAAAAAAAACCGUCCUGUUGUCUUGUUUUUCUUCGCUUACAUUCAACGUCAAUAAUCAUGUCUCGUUCAAUCGUUUACAAUUCUGGCCAUCAUGGCUUCCUUUCAGUCUCAGACCAACUGUGAAAAACUGUUUCCUUUUCUUGUUUCUGUUUUCUUUCUUUUACUGUCAUUGACUCCCAUGUCUGCCGUAAAUUCAGUUUCAGCUCCUUUGUCAUGUAGUAAAGAUUCUGGGCCUGUAGUUCCCACAAUCCCGUUACUUGGUUUCCUUCAACGCGUCCAGGAAACUGCUUUGAAAACUUACGGGAUCAAGUUUUAUGUGGAUUUAUCGUUAAAGUUUAAUCUUCCAACCACUGUGGAGGCAUUCGAUAAACUUCCCAAGACUGCAAAUGGGUCAGUGUCUGUUAAGGAUUUGGAUGCUUUUAUAGGAGAGUACUUUAAAGGUGCAGGGGAGGAUCUUGUCUAUGCUGACCCAUUGGAUUUUGUACCUGAGCCUCAUGGCUUUUUGCCCAAGGUGGAGAACCCAGAGGUAAGGGCUUGGGCAUUGGAGGUUCAUGCUUUGUGGAAGAAUUUGAGUAGGAAAGUUUCGAACUCGGUUCAUCAACAUCCUGAAUUGCAUACUAUGCUUCCUUUGCCAGGGCCUGUCGUGAUUCCUGGUUCACGAUUCAGGGAGGUUUAUUAUUGGGAUUCUUACUGGGUUAUCAGGGGCCUGCUGGCAAGUAAAAUGUAUGAGACUGCAAAAGCAAUCGUGACUAAUCUCAUUUCCUUGCUAGAGACAUAUGGUCAUGUUCUUAAUGGUGCAAGAGCCUAUUAUACCAACCGAAGCCAGCCUCCCCUCCUGAGUGCAAUGGUUUAUGAAAUAUACAAUCGGACUGGUGAUGUGGAAUUGGUGAGGAAGUCUCUCCCACCACUGCUUAAAGAAUAUCAAUUUUGGAACUCAGAAAUACAUAAGGUGAUUAUCCGUGAUGCUGAGCAGGGGAAUCACUGUUUAAAUCGGUAUUAUGCAAUGUGGAACAAACCCAGGCCUGAAUCGUCAACCAUGGAUAAAAAAUUUGCUUCAAAGUUAUCAAAUGAUUCUGAGAAACAGCAAUUUUACCGAGAGUUGGCUUCAACUGCUGAAUCUGGAUGGGAUUUCAGCACAAGAUGGAUGAGGAAUCCUUCUGAAUUUACAACUUUGGCCACAACAAAAAUUUUACCUGUUGAUUUAAAUAUAUUCAUACUAAGGAUGGAACUUGACAUUGCCUUCUUCGCAAAAGUUGUCGGAGAGAAUACUGUUGCAGAGGAUUUCCUCAGAGCUUCUCAGACAAGACAGAAAGCAUUCAACUCUGUUUUUUGGAAUGAAAAGAUGGGACAAUGGCUGGAUUAUUGGCUCAAUAAUAAUGCUGCAUGCGAGGAAUCUCAGACUUGGGAAGCUCAGAACCAGAAUCAAAAUGUGUUUGCUUCAAACUUUGUUCCCUUGUGGAUUGAUUUGUUCAACUCAGAUACUCCUCUGGUCGAAAAGGUCACGAGAAGUCUUCAAAGUUCAGGCCUGCUAUGUGCUGCUGGAAUUGCAACCUCUUUGACAAAUUCAGGAAAUCAAUGGGACUUCCCAAAUGGUUGGGCUCCACUUCAACACAUGAUAGUUGAAGGUUUGUCAAGAUCUGGAUCAACAGAAGCAAGAUCAAUUGCAAAAGACAUUGCUGAGAGGUGGAUCAGAACCAACUAUGUUGCCUACAAGAAGACAGGCGCAAUGCAUGAGAAAUAUGAUGUGGAAAAGUGUGGUGAAUACGGUGGUGGUGGUGAAUACAUACCCCAGACCGGUUUCGGUUGGUCCAAUGGAGUAGUGUUGGCAUUCUUGGAGGAGUUUGGAUGGCCUGAAGACCAAAAGAUGGACUGCAACUGAGCUACGAAUUGGGUUCAUGCACAUGAAUAAUAACAGAUUUCUUUCAUGGUUUCAAAAGUAUGCUAUAAAGAAUCAGGAUUCUCUUUGGCCAUUGUUGUGAUUUUAUAAUGUACUGGAAUAAAUAUCAGAUCAAGCCUCUUUAUUUGCAGUGGAUGUGUGUCAUCCUGCUCAUUUGGUUAUUGAGGACUUGAAUUGGGAUUUCUCUGUUCAAACUUGAAAGCCAGUAGCUGAAGAAAGCAUUGGAUGGA